AUGGCUCGAUGGGGGCUGUCAUUCUUCGCGCAGGACACAGCUUUGUUACUGAUGCUGCGCCUGCUGCUGGAUGCUGAGUUGCCUCUAUUUGCCGCAGUUGGAUGUUUGCGUUUCUUGGCCACCAGUUUGGCCUGUGUUAUCACGUUUGUCCAGCAUGUCCUCGCCUCAAUCAACAUCUCAUUCUUUGUCGUGGCUGGAUCUGAGCUUCACUGGCGCAACAUCGGCCUGGCGGGGGACUCAUCGUCCUGGUCCGUGCUCUUGACUGGGCUCGUGUCAUGCUCCAUUGCCUUUGUCGCUAUUCUCAUAGCUGGCUGGCUUCUUCAGGACUUUAGCUUUGCGUUUGCCGGCAUGGCUCUCGACAUCGUUAAGCUGCCCCUUACUUUCUUGUUCAGCAAGAUUCCCUAUUGCGGUCGGGGCUCGACCGCGACCGUCAAGUAUGACUACGUACCUCAAAAGGAGAUUGAUCUUGAAGAUGGGUCGGACGGUGAUGGCGACUUCAACUCGGUCGGGAAGCGCAAGCAUUCUGGUCCCGCAACCCUGCGGGAGAACAAGAUGAUGUGGCUGCUCUACACUGUGAUUGGCAUUCUUUUGGUUACACAGGCAGUCUUGGCCAUGGUUCGUCCUGUUGAAAGUUCACUCAUCUUCAUGUCCUGGACGCCGAUUUUGCUGCCCUUUAUCGACUUUGCUCAUUCUUCGCCGACCCUGGCCGGUCUGCUCCCCUACUAUAGUCAGAGUAUCGGUUGGGGCUGGGAUAAUGAGACAGCCCUGGCUGAACCCAUUCGCUGGAACUGGCUGCCCGAAUCGGAAACCCCGCUUCCUGGAUUUGAGGACUGGUAUGAAGCCGAGACGGACCAUUACAACGCUGCUCAGGACCCCCUGAAGAUUUCUAAUUUGGAGAAUGACUUGCUUAAACCUCUCCGAGGCAAGUUGGGUGAUGUGGAUAUUCGGCAUGUGGUACUAAUCAAGUUGGAGAGCACCCGAAAGGAUGUGUUUCCCAUCAAGAAGGAUGGUCAGAUUUGGCAGAAGUUCGCCGAGACUUGGGAGAAUGGUACCUUACCUGAUGAGGUGCAACAGCGGCUUUCAACUCUCACUCAGAAUGCAAAUUUUCUGACGGGCGAUUAUAAUGAUGGAUUUGAACAUGAGACUACUAAGCGACGAGGUGGUUUGAAUGUGAACAACGACCACACAACUGGCACCUACACCCUCAAGAGUCUUCCCGGAACCCUCUGUGGAAUCACACCUCUGGUCGCCGACUUCAAUGUCGAGUAUGCCAACCACAUUUAUCAGCCCUGUCUGCCGCACAUUUUUAACGCAUUCAACGCACUUGAUCAUUCCAACGACUCUGCGAAGCACACCGAUGAGUACACGAAAUAUAAAUGGAGCAAUGCCUUCAUGAUGUCGGUUACAAAUUUCUACGACAAGCAGGAUCUUUUAAUGCCCAAGAUGGGAUACAAGGAAGAGGAGCUUAUCCACAAGGAGUAUCUGCAGAGCGAUGAGGCUAAGUUUGGUAAAAAUACUAUGCCUGAGAUCAACUACUACGGCAUGGCCGAGUCUGCCGUCGAGGAUUACAUUCGAGAUGCCUUCAAGACGGCUAAUGAGAAGAACGAGCGACUCUUCCUGUCUCACCUGACUAGUACCGCUCACCACCCGUUCAAAAUGCCCGACGAGGAAACUUAUGUGCCCCUUGCGCCCGAAGGCAAGCUCGAAGACCUUUCGCACUACGUGAACACUGUUGGAUUCGUUGACCGAUGGCUGGGAAAGAUUUUGCAAAUCAUCGAGGAGGAGGGGUCUUCCAACAACACACUGGUGGUCAUGGUGGGUGACCACGGCCUAUCGGUUCCCGAAACCGGCGCGGUUACGCCGUAUUAUCAGCCCAAUGUCGGUAACUUUCAUGUCCCCCUGGUCAUGUCACACCCGAAGCUUCCUCCCAUCGACAUCAACACUCCGGUCAACUCGAUAUCUAUUCUGCCCACAAUUCUGGACCUGCUCAUUGAGACGGGCUCGCUGUCUCCGUCUGAACGCCAAGCCGCAUCUGACCUAGUUCGCAACUACGAAGGCCAGUCGCUCAUCCGACCUCUGCAGAUGUCAUCGAAGCAUACUGGCCAGGCCGACUGGCAGUUCACGAUUAUGAACACUGGCCGAGCCCAGGUUGCCACCCGUAGCGCACGAGAUCCCAACUGGCGGCUGGUGGUACCUGUGAUCAAGGACAUUGAGUGGAGAUUUACGAAUCUCGAAAAAGAUCCGCACGAAAAAGACGGAGUUCUUUCGUUUGACUUUGUCACCUUCCUGAACAGCGUGGAGAAGAAGUACGGAUCGGAUGCAGCCAAAUGGGCUGAGGAGGCGUCCUUCAUGACGCGGUGGUGGGUCGAUGAAAAUGCAAAGCGAUGGCGUUAUACUCCCUGA